ACUCCCUGGGAAGUCUUUAUCUCCCUGGGGACACCAGCUCUGAGCUUCCGCUCUGCUCAGCCCAGCCCCCCACUCCCGGAGACGCCAUCGGUGGAGAGGAUAAAAUAGGGUGGUCUUCUGUAUCCCGUUUGGUGGUGGAGAGCCCCGGGGAGACCUCUGCGAACACGUGGUGGACUCAGUGCUCUAGACUAGUGACAGCUGGAAGUCCCCGAGCCUAGCAACAUCGCCGCCGCCAGACGCUGCCCCUGCCCUUGGCGUCAGGCCUGCCUGAUAUCGUAGGCCAGGUUUGGGUGGGGGUUGGCACGUUUGUGAGGUCACACCUCCCUUAGCUACCUGUCUUUUGUCUGCUCUCAAAUUCAGACACAGGGAGAGAGGGAGGGAAGACAGGUGGGUGCUGCCUUCAAAGCCCUGCUUCCCUCUCCUGAGAUGGAGAAAUGGAUCCUCAAAAAAAUAAAGUAUUUGCAGUCUGGGGGCCUUUCAGCUUCUAAUUAUAGUUACAAGGUUGAUUCUUUCAGGGAGCGGAUCACAAGUGAGGCAGAAGACUUGGUGGCAAACUUUUUCCCAAAGAAGUUGUUAGAACUUGAUAGUUUUUUGAAGGAACCAAUCCUAAACAUCCAUGACCUAACUCAGAUCCACUCAGACAUGAAUCUCCCAGUUCCUGACCCCAUUCUUCUCACCAAUAGUCACGAUGGACUGGACGGUCCCACUUACAAGAAGCGAAGGUUGGAUGAAUGUGAAGAGGCCUUCCAAGGAACCAAGGUGUUUGUGAUGCCUAAUGGAAUGCUUAAAAGCAACCAGCAGCUGGUGGACAUUAUUGAGAAAGUGAAACCUGAGAUCCGGCUGUUGAUCGAGAAAUGCAACACGGUCAAAAUGUGGGUACAGCUCCUGAUUCCUAGGAUAGAAGAUGGGAACAACUUUGGGGUGUCCAUUCAGGAGGAGACAGUUGCAGAACUAAGAACUGUUGAGAGUGAAGCUGCAUCUUAUCUGGACCAGAUUUCUAGAUAUUAUAUUACAAGAGCCAAAUUGGUUUCUAAAAUAGCUAAAUAUCCCCAUGUGGAGGACUAUCGCCGCACUGUGACAGAGAUUGAUGAGAAAGAAUAUAUCAGCCUUCGGCUCAUCAUAUCAGAGCUAAGGAAUCAAUAUGUCACUCUACAUGACAUGAUCCUGAAAAAUAUCGAGAAGAUCAAACGGCCCCGGAGCAGCAAUGCAGAGACACUGUACUGAGGCCAGGGCCAGGGCCAGGGGACUCUGUGAGUCUGGCUCAAGACCGACAUUGCCUUGGUUUGUUACAUGACUAUCGUGAUGGGGAAACUGGCUGGAAAUAGUAAUCACACCUCUCUCUGUUUUUAGUUCGAGUCUAAUGAAACUCUCAUGUAGUUCUGUGACGUGUUUACCUCUUUUUUCAGGCCUCAGGAACUCUUCUAUUUCCUUGCCUAAUACCCUACGCCCAACCUGUUCUAAUUUCUGGAGAACUGCAGGUCUGUGUGCGCAGGAUGUUAGUACAAGAAUACUUGUUGUUCUCUCCCCGCCACCCUCACCCCUGUGUCUUGGGCUUUGUGUUUUCUUCCUUUUGAUGAUUAGUUGGUUAGAAGCUGAGGAAACUGGAAGGAAAGUGCUAGGUGUUUUUUAGGAACUGGGAUCAGAGGUACCAGCUCCUCUCUUCCUGAAAUAAAGUUAGUAUCUCUUGCCACUGUGGGGUGUUGGAUCUCCCUGCCACAGUUGCCCUGGUGAUGACUUAGGAUUUCCCAUCUACACACAUCCCACCUUGAACCCGAUCAUGACAAGAAACACCUUAGACCUUCAGCCAAGUCCCUAGCUUCUUUAGAUGUUUUUACAACUAGGAUUUUCACACACAGACACACACGCACAUGCCUUCCUACUAUUUUACCUGACUCCCCCCCCCCCCCCCCCGCCCGCCACGAACCCUGUCAUACACAUGCCGUUCAGAGGGUGAUAGUUGUCUUAGUCCUCAACCACUGGGGCUCAUCGUCUCCUGAUGUUGUAGCCCCUUGGUGCACAGAGGCUGGUGAGUUGGAGGAGAACUGAGAGAUGAGAAGCAGAGGGACUCGGGAAGGCCCCAUCGUCUGUGACUCAGGUCCCUUUGGACGGUAUUGCAAAGGCUGGUCCUCUGAUUCCUGGUUGCCUCUUCCCAGGCCAGUUGUAAAUUGGGAUGGGGUGUCUGCAGCUGUGAGGGCCAGAUGCUGCUGCUCCUGCUGGGCUUUCCCUUUGGGGAAAAUGUUUCUCUUAUUUAUAGUAUUGUGCUUCCAGAGAAAGCAGUCACUCGUGUAUAUAUAUGUGCAUGCACGCUCAUGCAUGUACACAUUUUGUGUAUGUGGAAAUCUGCUGGGCAAGUCAAACCAUAGAAGAGUUGCCUCCUCUAUCUCUUGAAUCUUCCAGAGAUGUCACUUGUUACAGCUUUUGUGUUCAUCCUCAUCAACCUCCACUUUUUUAUUCUACCACUACUGGAGAGUCAGUAUCUGCAGUCAGCCUGCCGGUGACUCUCAGUGUCUGUUUCUGACUUUUAUUCUUGUCCUGUCUCUGUCUUCUAACCCCCAAUCAUAUUUCCACCUGGAUGCGUCAUUUUUACUCCCAGUAUUCUGUAGAGAAGGAGUGAGGAUGCUGUCUUCCCGUGAAUAGUACUCAGUAACAAACCAAUUGCAUUUUAGUUGGGCAGUGCCCCCCUACCCAUCCUCCAGAUCCCUUCCAGCUAAAGCCCUUCCCUCCUCCCGCCACGUGUUUCUCAGUUUCCCUUUUUGUUUGUUGGAUUGUUCUGCUGACCCUUCUCCUCACCCUACUACCCUUGGAUCGUAAUGUAAAAUUCUUUUACCAUGUCAAGAAAUUAUUAAAAAUACAGGUACUUUGACCUCUUUCUAAAGCCGCA